AUGUUCCCUGGUCAGACGGGCACCUAUCAGCGUAACGAGGCGCUCCUUGAAGAGCGUGGCCAUCGGGCUGCCAUUCGGGUGGAGAACGACACCUGGAAAACACGCUUGUCACCAGAGCAACAGAGCCACAUGGCAGACUACUGGAAACAGCUGCGCUACAAGUGCUAUGACUACUGGAUGAACGAGGUCGAGAACGAAAACUUGAUGCAGGCCCAUGGGAUUCUGAAGGAAGCUGUUUCGCGCUGCACACGUGAUUUCCGGGAAAAGACAAACCACGUCAAGGCGGUCGCAGUCUGCCACGAAGAGGUCCUCUCGGCUUUCGAGCAUUGCCGGAAGAGCCGGCAGAAUAAAGAAUGA